AUGGUUCGGCGUACUUUUCUGCCCAGCGUCGUCAGCGCGCCAUCUGUGGUGAAAUACCUUGGUGCUGCUGCCUUGCAGGCGCAAGGCCGUACGGGCCUUUCUAUGCACACCCCCAAAGCCGACGUUACUCUCGGCCGCUUCAACUUUAUGGAGCAGUACAACAAUUUUCGAGAUCGUUCCGGACGAGUUCCUGACCAAUAUGUUGAGAAGUACCGGGCAACAUACUGGCGCGUCGACGAGUAUAUCCGCCGUUCGGAGGAUUAUAUUCAAUCCCAAGGAUUUUUCUACUUACCAACACUUGACUUUCCUUGGUACAAGGGCUGUUUGCCUCUGCUUUCAUCAUAUCAGAUUCGUGUUCAUUAUGGUCGACAUCACCGGGCCUACGUCGAGAAGCUGAAUCAGUUGAUCGAGGGCACCCCCUUGUAUGGUUUGCAGCUAGACGAACUCAUUAAAAAGAGCCACAAUGAUUCUAGGCUUAUUGGGAUUUACAACAACGCCGCGCAGCACUUCAACCACAGCUUUUUUUGGAAGUGCAUUCAGCCGUAUGGCAGCAACAUUCCACCAGAUCUGUUGGCAGCGAUAUGCGGGCAAUACGGAUCGCUGGAUGCUUUUGAGGAGAAGUUUAUUACCGCUGCGCUCAACUUAUUUGGAAGUGGGUGGGCCUACUGGGUGUACGAUAAAAAGGCGGAGGUGUUUGAUAUUAUCUCGCUGAGUAAUGCGGGCUGCCCGCUAGUGGAUUACGAUCUCGUCCCGCUCUUGUGCGUAGAUGUGUGGGAACAUUCCUAUUACAUCGACUAUGAAAAUGAUAGGGCAAAGUACUUAUCCAAGUUCUUUGAUGUUGUGGAUUGGCAUUGGGCGGAGCGCCACUGGAAGCGCGCAACAAAUCAGGAGUACCAUGAGAUGAAAUUCUGGUAA